AUGAGGCCCUCAACCCAACCUGCUGCGCCUCAGCGCAAAAUUUACUUGUGGCACAUCAACUACGCCACCCAGAUGGUGGACGAGCGCGAGAAGGCUCGCAUCGAGGUGAGUUACAAGUUGUCGCCAUUGUCCUACAAAGGGGCAAUGGUGUCUCAUUGUAGAUGCGUUCAUGGGAGGCGAGGCUCUAUGUACAUGCAUGAGCGCGUGGGCAACAGAGUGUAGUCAAGCAACCAACAUCUCAAAGAGCACCUCUCCCGCCUCACAUUCCAAAUCCCAUUCAUAUCUCUCCAAUCAUCAAGAUGAGGAACCAAACCAAGCCGACUCAAGUGCGCAUCUACUCCUGGCACCGCAUCUACGCCACCAAUGCGGCCAACAAAGGCGAGACGGCUUGCAUCAAAGUGAGUUACAACUCUUUGCUUUCUCCUCCAUCCACUGCAAUGAUGUUUGCAAGGAGGUCACCCACUCCCACACCCCCCCUUCCUGCAGAGAUGCUCAGCAGCCCCCAAUGUGCUGCUCUCUUUGACCGGCUCAAGGAGGAAAAGAACUGCAAGGAGGCUUGCCUCAAGAAGGAGGCAGAAAAGGUUGCCAAGGACUUUAUGAAAUCUGUGAGUCUUGUUGACAAAGCAUUGUUGAGGUCUCUCUGACUGACCAUUUGCAAGUUCCAGCCUUCUGAGCACUUUCAAGAAGAGAUCAACAAGCUUGAGAAAGAGCAGAAAGAGGAGGAUGCUGAUGAUAGCGAGUAA